AUACCGUAAUAAACCGAUUCUUUUCUUAAUACUUGUUUACCAUUUCUGCUUCUUAAAGAAUUCUCCUUAAAGCGCACACACCUCGGCGCUGAUAAGCAAAUUUUCUAAUCAUAUUUUAAAUACUUUCACUUUCAAUCAGUGCUUUUUCAGCGGCUCCCCAUUUUGCCGCCCCUUUAACCCUUGGCAGCCGUUACGGAACUCAAUGGGCCAUGACCGACCGCAGCCGUUGGCGAGAAUAAAAUGAAACAAAAAUUAUGCAGGGCAGAUGGAGAAGUGUCUAAAAAGGGUUGUAGGUACACAGGAGGAAAAUCCAGUCAUUUAAAGGCAUAGAUUGCAAAAAAGAAAACAUGUUCGCCUUUUUAUAAGUUGGAUCGUAUGUAUUUUGUAAGUUUACUUCGAUUGUCAGGCUGUAACUCCAAGUCUUGGGUAUAAACAUUUUUGAGACACGUGAGAUACAAUCGUUUUUCUAUCUGUAAGCCAGCCACAGCAUCUUUGCUAUCAAAAAUUGACUUUUAAUGAAAACAAUUGAGAAUUCUCGGUGUCUGUGUGCCGGGUCCCAAAAUGUUUUCCCACGCGAAAGCCACGGGGUACUCGUCUGAACUGCCGACUGACUGCUCAACUGGCCAAAACUGGCUGCGGUUAUUAAUUUCAAUUAAAGCAUUUAACCGGAGAGCCCACCGCCUUUUGUUUACCCAACCUGCCCCGCCCCCUAGCCGACAUUAAUUAAGGCGAGAAAGUGGCGGAGUUGCUAGCGAAUUUCCAAGCCAUAGGUGCUGUGUUAUUCAACGGACUAAUAAAGUUGAUUCGAGCAAGAUUUUCAGGACCAUCAAGCAAUGCUCAAAGGAGCCGAGGAUCUGCCAGCUUCCUGAUAAUAUCGUAUUUCACGAAAUCAUCAAAUUAGCCAGUAGUCAAGAGCAGAGACUGCAGUGCCACCAGCAUUUAAAGUCCGCCCAACAAACGGCAAAUAAACAAACAGAUGCAGGGAAAAUUCCGAGGCAAAGAGCAGGGUAGAAAAUUAAGGAAACGGGGCAGAGAAAAUUCAAGAGACCAUUUAUAGGAAGCCGACAGCAGACGGCGAUAAGAGAAAGAGUCUGGCUGGUCUGGCCUGGCUUUUCGGUUUUCGGUUUUCACUGGCUUGGGCAGCCAACUAAUGUCAGGCACUAUAUAAGGUACGCGGAUGCUAACAGAAGUACAUAGAUGUAGUUUAUGCUAGUUUAAUGUAAACCUGCAUUUUGUGUUUAUAAUUAUAUAUGAUAGUUUCCAGUACUUUACAUAUGUAUGUUUCGAAUAUUUUAGUACACUUUAAUAAAAUGUAACCUAGUAACCCAGUUGAUAACUGCAAAAGUUCUCCAAAUUUGUAAUUUUUUCAGUUCAAACCUAUUUGUCCCUGCCAUAGAAAAUAAUUGAGAGAAGACUAAGCCGAAAAAACGAACGCUUUAACCUCUAACCUCUGCUUUCGGUUGCCCGGCGAUACCAAACACACGUAAACACACGACACUCACACAUUGCCAACUGCUUUAUCGAUAAGUUUGUUUGGUUUUAAGACGGCAGGACAGCAGAGACUCAGUUGGCAGGAAAAGCCAAAGUGAAGCGGUUCUCAUUCUGAGCAGAGGAAUCGUAAGAAAGAAGCACCGGCAGCAGUAUGCCGCCAAAGGGGAAAAAGGGCAAAAAAGGCAAAAAAUUGCCAGUGCUCAUCGAUGGGGUGGACACCUCGGCGAUGACUCGCGACCAGCUGGAGGCUUUUGCCCUCCGGCUAAAAGCGGAAAUGGAUCGGGAGCGAGAGGAGCGUAACUACUUCCAAUUGGAGCGGGAUAAGAUCCGCACUUUUUGGGAGAUCACGCGCCAGCAGCUGGAUGAGACCCGCUAUGAGCUGCAGCAGAAGGACAAGGAGAUCGAGGCCACACAGGAUCUGGCGGAUAUCGACACCAAGCAUGUGAUGCAGCAGAUGAAGCAUCUGCAGUUCGAGAACCACAACCGGCUUGGUGAGGUUCGUGCUGAGGCGAUGACCCAACUGAAGUUGGCGCAGGAGCACCAUGUUCUGCAGGAGAACGAGCUUCAGAGGGACAAGCGCCAGUUGCGCCGGAUGCUCCGCGAAAGAAUGGAGAUGAGCGAGAUGCAGUUGCGGCAAAUGGAGGCUCACUUCAACGAGAAGCUGCUAGAGCAGCGCAUCACCUUCGAACGCGAGCGCAAGGACAACGAGAUGCUCCACGAGGAGAAAAUGAUCGAGCAGAAGGCCAAGCUUGACCUCUUCUACGGCACACAAAUGUUCGAGGUAGAGGAGCGGAAGAACCAGCAGAUAAAGGACCUGCAGGACCACCACGACCUGGCCUUCAACGACAUGAAGAACUACUACAACGACAUCACGCUGAACAAUCUGGCGCUGAUUGGCAGCAUGAAGGAGCAGCUGGAGCAUCUGCGCAAACAGGCGGAGAGAUCUGACAGAAUUGCCGCGGACACGGCAGCCGAGAACAGGCGACUGAAGGAGCCAUUGGAGCAUGCCAAUAUCCAGUUGAACGAGUAUCGCCGCAAAUUGGAGUUCUACGAGCGGGAUAAGCAGCAAUUAAGUCGCCUCAAGACGCGCAACACUCGGCUGGAAAAGAAGGUGAAGGGUCUUACUUGGGAGGCGGAAACUCUGAUCCUGCGAAACGACUCUCUGGUGGCCGAACGGGAAGGACUCAAGGAGCGCUUCAACGACGUGAUUGUGGAGCUGCAGCAGAAGACCGGGCUGAAGAAUGUCCUACUGGAACGCAAGAUCGCCGCUUUAAUGCGCGAGGAUGAGAAGCGCAGCAUUGUCCUACACGAAACGAUCGCCACAUGCGCCCCCAAUUUCGCCGAAAAGCUGACCAGCUUGGACGAACGGGUGGGCAACAUCAUCGAUGAGAAGAACAAGAUCAUCCUUGACCUGCGCUAUGAGGUAGCCAAGGCCCGCAAGGCCCACGACGAUCUCCUGGAGACCUACGAGUGCAAGCUCAAGCAGUAUGGUGUGCCCACCGACGAGCUGGGCUUCAAGCCCAUUAGGGAUCGGGACCAACAGCAGCUGUACGUGUGCGGUCCUGCGGGAAUAAUCACCGAGAAUAAGUAGGAUCUGCAGAAGAAAAACGUCGCAUUCAUAAGUUUGAUCACAAACAUAUAUUUGGAGGUGGGAAAGACAAGGGUACUUGAACUCAAAACCAGAAGAAACUAAUCUUUAACUCCAGACUUAAAACUUUAGAAGGAAGAAGGCAAAAAAACUAUCGAAUUAUAUUUUUAACAAAUGAAAAAAAGCAAUAUCAUGGAUUAAAAGGAGAGGCAAGAUGGAACUGAUUUUACUUGAUGAUCAUAAAAAGAAAAGUCUAUAAAACGUAAAUGGGGAAUAUAAUAAACAACAAAACGAGGAGGAAAGCCAAUUAAGAAUCCCUCGCCUUUGUAGGCACAGAAAAUGUAAAUUGCUAGUGCUCUUGAGAACUUUAAGAAUUUAUUCAUUCUGUGCCUACCAGAAGUGUAUUAUUUGAGUUCUCCUCAAAAAAUUUAUGGAAGCAAUAAAACUUAUACCAACGAA